AUGACUACUCUGGAAAAACCAAAGUUUACGGACUCCGAGGGAGCGUUGUCGGACAUAGAUCGGGGUAGCAAUCAUCAGCACCCCUGUAUUUCCCUCCCGAUCGCCUUUAAAAUUUACUGCGAUAAAAGUCGCGUCUCACAUUCGGUCUUCUACAUCAGUCGGCAGAAGUCCGAUCGCCUCAACGCCAUCUCAGUUGGGUAUACUGGAUGGUUUCACGCAAAGGUCGCCUUACACGAAGGGCCAUCAGUCGACUCGUCUAUUUUAGGCAGUUCAGUCCUCAAAGGCAAGAUAAUCGACGUUUCUCUGCCCAGCGGCGACGUCCAGAUGAUUGGCAAGUCUGCUCUUGGGUCGGCUUUCACCUUUAGUCUACCUAUUGGUGUCCGCGGCACCACGGAAACCUUCGAAUGGCGCCGCUCUCGUGGGCAAGAGGUUAAGAACUUGGGCGGCCGGGGCUCUGGGUGGGAGCUUGUUCGCUUGAAUGGUCCGUAUUCAGAAGCUGAAGAGGUCGUCGCUGUUUACACGGUUGAUCUUAUGUCACCGAAGCUUUCUGGACGCUUCGAGUUCACCGGCACUGGGGCAACGAAGGAGCUGGGUAGGGAAUGGGCGAUCAUUACGGUCGUAACCGCAUUGAGCCUGGGGCAGAAGAAGCGGGACUCCAAUAUGGCGGCAAUGGGUGUUAUUGCGGCCGUCGGUUAA